AACCUUAUGGAAGCCAAAGGUAAAAGGAAAUUCAUAGGCAAAGAUGGAAAAUCAGGGCCCGGAAAAAAGAAGUUUAAACAAAAUAAUGCUGGUCUUCCACAGAAGUUUAGUAGAAAAGACGGGAAGGAUGGCAAGCUGAAAUUUAAAUCUAAGAAGUUUGAAAAAGGAAAUGCAAAGCCUCGUAGAAGUGGUGUAAAACAAAUCAAGAAUAAACAAUUACCAGAAAAAUUAUCCCGGAAACGAAAACACCAAGAUGACAAGCAUGGUAUUGGAUUGCAGCCAAAGAAGCCCAAGUGGGAUGACUUCAAGAAGAAAAAGAAGGAGCUCAAGCAAAGCAGACAGCUGAAUGACAAAACCAACUAUGAUGCAGUGUUCAAAGCAAAGCAGAUUUGGGAAGCUUUGAGACGGAAAAAGUGUGACCUUGAGAAGCGCAAGAAACUGUUAAGUGAACUUCAGGAGCUCCUUCGUGGGAAAAUAAAAAGUAUGGCGUUUGCUCAUGACUCUACUCGUGUCAUCCAGUGUUAUAUUAGGUUUGGAAAUGAAAAACAAAGGCAAGAAGUGUUUGAAGAAUUAAAAGAGAGUUUUACUGAACUAAGCAAAUCCAAGUAUUCCAGAAAUAUUGUGAAGAAACUUCUUAUGCACGGAACAAAACCACAAGUUGCAGAAAUAAUCAAAAGCUUUAAAGGUGAAGUAAGAAAGAUGCUACGUCAUUCUGAAGCAUCUGCAGUGGUGGAGUUUGCAUAUAAUGACAAAGCCAUUUUGGAGCAGAGAAACAUGUUGACACAAGAGCUCUAUGGAAAUAUAUUCCAGGUCUACAAGUCAUCAGAACACCCAACUCUUGACGAAGUGUUAGAGAUGCAUCCUGAAAAGCGGGAGGCCAUUAUGGAUGAAAUGAAACAGAUCCUUACUCCAAUGGCUCAGAAGGAAGCUGUAAUCAAGCAUUCAUUAGUGCAUAAAGUAUUUUUGGACUUUUUCACUCACGCCGCCACUAAACAGAGAUCUGAAAUGAUUGAAGCAAUCAGAGAAGCUGUAAUCUACUUAGCACACACACAUGAUGGAGCAAGAGUAGCCAUGCAUUGCCUGUGGCAUGGAACCCCCAAGGACAGAAAAGUAAUUGUGAAAACCAUGAAGACCUAUGUUGAAAAAGUAGCUAUUGGUGAAUUCUCACAUUUGGUUUUGCUGGCGGUGUUUGACUGCAUUGAUGAUACCAAGCUUGUGAAACAGCUAAUUAUAUCUGAAAUGAGUGAUUCCUUAACAGGCAUUAUAAACAAUAAAUAUGGAAGAAAAGUCCUGUUGUAUCUGCUAAGUCCAAGGGAUCCUACCUAUUUCUCACCAGCGAUAAUCAAAAUCCUGCAACAGGGUGAUGGAAAUGCUUACAGUAAAAAAGAUGUAGAUGUUCGGAGUCGUGAGCUCUUGGAAGCUGUUUCCCCGUCUUUAUUAAAGUACCUGAACCUGCAUGCUGAAGAAAUGGUGAUGGACAAGGCUACCUGCAUCAUGGUGACUGGUAUCCUCAAGGCCUCCAUUGGUGACAUCCAGCCUGCUUUGAACACUAUUGCCAGUCUGGCUGCACAAGAGAUGGUUCCAGGAGGCGAAGAUGGGCAGCUUCAUAUUGCAGAACAUCCAGCAGGUCAUCUGGUUCUGAAGUGGUUAAUUGAACACGAUGAAAAGAUGAAAGAACAUGGCAGAGAAGGUUGUUUUGGAAGGACAUUAGUAGAGCAUGUGGGCGUUGACCGUUUGAAGUGCUGGGCAGCAGUCAAUCGAGGUGCAAUUGUACUUUGUCGCCUUCUUCAGAGUUCUGACCAAGAAGUGGCAAAUCGUGUCAAAGAUGGACUGAAAAGCCUUAUUCCAAAAUUGAAAAAGACUAAAGAUGCCAAAGGAGCAGUGAAAGUAUUGCUAGAGAAACUAUCAUCUUAG